AUGUCUCGUGGAUCGUCCCUUUCCAUAGAUCUUCAGCUUCUUGUUAAUAAUCCUAAGUAUAGUGAUAUUAUAAUUAUCUGUGCUAAAUCAGAAAAACUUUAUGGCUGUCGUGCUAUCCUUGCUGCUCGUUCGGAGGUUUUUGAUCGUUUAUUAUUCAAUGAAAGGAAAGAAACGGAUGAACGAGAAAUCAAAUUUCCAGAAAUUAAUUCUCAAGUAGAUAUUUUACCUGAGUUAUUAACCAAAGCGGUUGGAAAUGUAAUCCCAAACUCAGAUCAACCUUUACCUAAUCUAUUGGCAAGAUAUGUAACGAAAAUACCUCUGGUAACGAUUCCAUAUGAAAGUUUAUCAUCGCCAGCUUUUCAGUUUUUACUUAUGUAUUGUACAAUGAAGAAAAAAUCCAUGGCAAAAAACCCAUAUACCAUAUUCAGAUAUGUUGCUUUACAUGCAGCAAAUCAAGUCGAACAAGAAAUCCCAGGCGAUGUAGUUACGAAAAUCGAAUCAUGUUUACCACCACUUGAAGAAAUUUUAGAACAAGAACAUGCUAUUACUAAAGAUACUGAAGGCUUAUCAUCAUUUCGAACAAAAAUGACCGAAAAAUUAACCCCAAUGCUUAAUUAUGUAAACAUUAAACUAAUUAGUGGUGGUAUAUUGACGGGGAUUAUAGAACCAUUAAAUAUCGUACCAUUUCAAUUAAUUUUAGAAGCGUACAGAUACAAGGUAAAAGCUAUGAGAGAAAUAGAUUUUACUUGGGAUCCAAAAGUUUGUGGACCACAUUUAGCCCCUUACUAUCUAAGUUCAAAUGAACGAGUUCGAGCAUCACAAUCAAUAACAGGUUCCGGAGUAUGUGAAUGGGAUAUAAUAAUUGAAAAUCCUAGUUCAUCAGAUUGGGUAGGAAUAUGUGGUGAAGGUGAAGUAACAAAUUAUAAUUGUACAGAUUAUAAUUCAAAAGCUUGGAUAUUGGGUACAACUGGAAUGGUUAGUAAUAAUGGACAAUCAAUAAAUUAUGGAAGUCCAUCAUUUCAGCAAGGAACUAAGAUAAGAGUACACUUGGAUAUGGGAAAAAGAGAAAGAAGAGUAUCAUUUUCAAUAAAUGAUGUUAAGUAUCCGGAAGUGCUGCAUUGGAAAAAUAUACCAGCCAAAGUAUAUCCAUUGGUUUCGUUGAGAUAUCCUGGAAGACUUAAAAUUCAGAAAAAGGAUUAA